AUGAAGAGAAAGGCCGAGAAGCAGCAGGAAGCUGCUCCGGUCAGCGCUGUCAGUGCUGUCAGUGCGAUUGCAGCACGAAGGGCUCAACUGCAGCAGAGUCAGAUACCUCCACUGCAAAACACGAACUCCGCUCCCGAGUCAGAUGAGGAACCUCCGGCGAAGAAAGCGCGGCCGUCCCCUGCCCGAGAGACGAACGGACGACAGGAAGUCACUCCGAAAAAGGGAUCAAGAGGGAAAAGUGGACAACAAGCAACAGUAAAAAGCGCAGAAAAAAAGGUCGAAUCCACGCCGCAAACACCAGAUCUCUCAUCUGCCAGGGUGACUGCUAGUGAUGUCUCCGAUGAAGAGUCGGAAGAAUAUACCAGCGCCAUAUCUGAUGGCGGCGAAGAGAAUGAGACCGGUCUUAGCGGUGAAGAUGAGCAGGGCUUCGAAUCGCCCUCCAAUGUGCCCGAAGAGAUCGAGAAUUUCACGCUCUCAAAGACCCGUCUGAACAAAACCAAUGUCGUCUACAGCGAUGAGCGCGUGCUUUGCGUUCGCAUAAAAGAGAAGAUGAACCUUGUUCUUAUCGGAGUAUACGACAUUUGGGUCAAGAGAGGUGUGAUCAGCUUGAUGGGCGCAAAGCUUCAUCCCUCCCCCAAGCUGUACCGAGUGUACGCGCCAUCAACACAUUCCCUUCCCGUGAUCAAGUGCGUUUCCGGGGUUGAAGGGUAUGCGGAAGUUGAGAUCCAGUCCAGCCACAGUGGCAUCUACCGCCUAAAGGAGUUGUCGCCGCUAUAUCAUCGAAUAUGGAACAGCGGUGAGACUGCUGCGGAUAAGGUGACACUGAAAGGAAGCUCACGACGGACAUUUUCAGUGCUGUAUACUUCGUCGGAUGACCCUCUUAAACGCCAUCUACGACCCCUGCAUCUGGAGAAGAAAUGGAGCGCAACCAUUAAAGUCCUGUCGCAACGAGGAAGCAGCCUGAGAGUGUUGAUAUGUGGGCCCAAAGGGUCAGGCAAAUCAACUUUUAGUCGAUACCUCUUGAACCACCUUCUCAGUCCAGCGCCCCAGACUGAGGGGGGAUAUAGUAAUCCUGACGGAGUCGCUUUCCUCGAUCUCGAUCCCGGACAGCCAGAAUUCUCUCCAAUGGGAGAAAUCUACCUGGCUCACCUGCGUGAGCCUACCUUUGGACCUCCUUUUUCACAUCCCACGCUAGACCGCUCCAGCAACGGGAAAAUUGUUCGAGCUCACCAUAUUGGAGCAAAUUCACCAAAAGAAGACCCCGACCACUACGUUAUGGCCGCAAUGAACCUUAUGGAUCAAUAUCGCGCACUACUGGCAACCUAUCCGCAAUGUCCACUCAUCAUCAAUUUCCCGGGAUGGAUAUUUGGCCUGGGCCUGGAGGUGGCUAUGUGGCUUGUCCGAUCUCUAGGUCUCUCAGACGUUGUAUACAUGAGCGAGAAGGGGCCUUCAGAGGUGGUAGAGCCAUUGGGUCACGCGGCUGGACAGGCCAGGGUUCCUUUGACAACACUGCCAUCCCAACCAAUAGAUUACGUGACCAGGUCCAGCGCCCAGCUUCGCUCGAUGCAAAUGCAGUCCUAUUUCCAUAUGUCACAACCAGACGGAUGCCAGAAUCCUAUCUGGUCUGAGAUCCCUCUUGCCUACAGCAAACCUAUUCUCGUUGAUUAUGCGGGUCCACGGCAAGGGAUCCUAGGCAUUAUGGUGCUUGGGAAUCGGCACGAUCCGGACUUAUUGCGUGGUAUUCUUGACGGGGCUAUAGUCUCCAUCGUCGCAGUCGAGAGCCUAAAUGCCAUUCCGGGUUAUUUAAAUAAGCCGGACCAUCGCAGAAACGGGGCAGUUGAAGCGAUUGACGCCGAUGCAGAAGAGGCAGGCAUGCUCGAGGACGAAGACCAAGACGACGUUGAUAAAGAUGUCGAUAUGUCUGACGUCACCGGUACAACACUCGCCCAACAGUUGAAGGAGUCGUUGGAGCCCAACAUCACCCGCACAUCUGGCGAAGAUCUCCCUUACCUCUUUUUCGGAGCCGGGAGCUGUACGCCCCUGGAUCCCAAAGGCUCUCGUUCCCUGGGCCUUGCACUUGUCCGCGCGAUCCAUACAUCGAGUCGCAAACUCGAGUUAGUGACGCCUAUCCCGAGUUCCAAGAUUCUGGAGGCCCUUAAGCAGGGUCAGGGACUCGUCAUCGUACGAGGCCAGCUGGAUAACCCGGACUGGGCUAUCAGCGAAGAGUACCAUGCCGCUCGCGCGGCUGAGCAGCGGCAUCUUUUGUCAGUUGCCCGAGCGAAGAAGCGCAAGCAGCAAGAGACAAACGGGAAAGAUAGCGCGAAUAAUGAAUCCGAUCGGGAGCAGCAAAACGAAUGUCGCGGCGGCUGCGGGAGCGAGUGCGACGUGCGAGCAAGGUGCCUUGGAUGA